AUGUUUUCCCUGCUCAGUACAGCGAGUAUGCUGGGUGCGUUUACCGCACUGUUCGCCAUCGUCUUCCAAGCAUAUCUAUCGUCGAACGAACUGGUCCGGCUAACGGUUAUUCUGCAGCAUUUACGAGACUUGGAAGUGGAGCACUCGGUCACGGACCAAGUACGGGUCGCCAUUGGUUACGGUUCUUGCGGUGAUCUUCACGUGCGGGCAGUAGAUUUUCUGCGAUACGACGAAAACAUUGGCAGAGCCCUAAACACCAGCGAGUAUACGUUCGGCGACAUUACCAGCGAACAGGAGUUUCUGCUUAACUUUGCGUAUUAUUUUCAACGUGGGGCUGCUGCCGAACGUUUCACUGCCAAUCGGGAGCUGUUCCUCAACCUGGUGCAAAGGGCAAAAAAAUCUUCCACCGCCGAGCACCACUGGGCGCUGGGUGGCAACGCACCAGUAAUAGGUACACGAAUGGCCAUUGAAGGUGCGAACGUAGUGCUUGGUGCAAAAAUGUCUUCCAAAUUAAAAACGCACUUGCGGCCAGAGGUGCGUCUCACCGGGAGCCUCGUCGAGGACGACGAUAUACAUCUCAUCCUGGAGUACAAUACCGGCGACACGUGGGGAGGGUUAGUUUCCCCGCGGGCCAAUCGCUACAUUCUACACAACGAUCAUCACAAUCCACUAGUCAGUUCGCUGGAGGAGUUUGAAGCAGCCCUCGAAGGCUUCGAUCCAGAUUUGUUCAUCGUAAGUGGUCUCCAAAUGAUGGACAACUACGUGUACCCGGAGGGAGUGCGUGAAACGCGCCUGGGUAAAGUACGGCAACAGCUGCAAGCGCAAUCACCCCACACACGCAUCCACUUCGAAAUGGCCAGCUUUGUGGAGCUGAAAUUAUUGCAGCUAUUGAUGCGCAACGUUUUGCCGUUUAGCGACUCGAUCGGCAUGAACGAACAGGAACUGGACAAUCUGCAGCAGGUGUUGGAAACGGGCCGCAUCAGCUUCGUGGCCGAUUGCAAUCCACGCGUUGCUCACUCGCUCGAUCAAGCACGAUCGGUGUUUGCCCUGUUGAACCAGGCAAGCAAUGUUGUUGGCCGAAGGCCACUGUCUCGAAUGCAUCUUCACACUCUAGCUUAUCAGGCGUUCAUUGUGACAAAAGGAAGUAGCUGGCGUCAUACGAAACAGGCAGCGGCCAAAGCUUCGCUUACCGCACAUCGUCACGUGUGUGCAACCAACAUCGUUAACCCGGAUGCGGCCUACCUUCAAAUGGAUGGCAGCUUCGCUGUAUCAGCCACACCAAAUGCUCGGCGCAUUCAUUUCGAGAACCGCAAUCCGGUAUCGUGCUGGGAGGAGACCAUUCCGUUGGGAAAUGAACCAACAGCGCACCAGCGGCAGUCGAUUGACGUAGAAAUUUGUGUCGCUCCUGUUUUGAUCUGCAAAAAUGCGAUACAAACGGUCGGUGCUGGCGAUAACAUUUCCGGGUCCGGCUUAGUGCUGCAAAUCUGA